AUGUGGGAAUCACGACCACGCGAGCUUCACUUUCACCUUCACGUCAACGUCUUCACUAUCUUCGAAGCUAUGCACGACCAUGCGACAAAGCCCACCAUCACCACGACCAUAACCAUGACAUUCAUAACUCCCCACCGGCCAGACUACCCCCCUCCCUCAUACGACGAUGCUACCAACUCAUCAUCUGUACCUCUCCUCGCAGGCGCGCCUCCCGGGUACGGUACCACCUUCCCAGACCAAUCCUCGAUAGCUAGCAGCGACCUGGAAGAUCUGGACAGGUCUCUGCCAGAAUGGAUAGGACAGGCGCUGGCCGUCUUUGUCUUUAUCAGCAUCACGUAUGCGUUCUGGAGAAUCAUCAAUGCGCCUCAGCGACCGGAUGGAUUUCCUGAAGGUCCCGGACAUUUUGGUUGA